AUGUCAUCAAACACAAAUUUUAUCAAUCGGUGGCCUCCUCACAACAGCACCGCUUCGUCUGGCUCUGGAAGCAACACCAGUUCUCCACCUCCUCUUCCUCCUUCACGUCCUUCGAAACCUGCCAGAAACAUGUCAGCGAUUCCUGGUUUGGAUUCAUCUCCCCUAAAUUCCAACAACACUUUCUCAACAAUGGAAUCUCUUUCUAAAAAGCGUCAGUUAGAACAGAAAGUCACAAGCGGUGACAACCAAUCACCUUCUUCGUCGUCAAUGAGCAGAGCGUCCAUGAUGAAUCCAACCACUCCGACGACUAACUUUUCUGCCCUUCGAAACCAAAUUGCCACUGCAUUUCAAAAUAAUAAUCAUUCACACGCAACAACCCCGAGUAGUACUAAUAGUACAACAAGUGUGAGACCCUCUGCUCUCUCACCACGAAAUAACAACAGCAUCACGACACAACCUGUUACGAGUACUAUUGGUUUUGAAAAUACAUCAUCCAUCUCGGUAGAAACCACUUUAUCAUCUUCGACAUUAGCUUCAAUCAAGAAUCGUGGGAACAGUCUUCUUCGAUCGAACAACAACACUGAUAAUAACGAAAGUACAUCCAUCACGAUGUGGCCCAAGCUCAGAUCUACAAAUUCCAACAAUAACAACAAUAACACAGCUGUGGGUUCUACAUCGUCUGGAGAAACCACAACCUCAACCUCAGCACUAAAGAAGAAUAUAUUCAUCAUCAAACAACAACAAGAGGAAAUCAAGUCAACCGAAGAGAAGAUGACUCAACAAAGUGCUCAAUCAAGUACAUCACCACGACCACCGAUUCCUUCUCGUGGUGGUUCAGUGAGUCGAUUUGGUGAGUCCACCAUGGUUCAUCCUUCCUCCUCGUCAUCCUCCUCUUCAUCUUCCAGUACGCUUGUUGCUUCGUCUCAUAAGGAAGGGAUCAGAGAUCAAAACCAUCAACUAUCACCAAGAUCUGUUUUUGCAACCUUCAUUGGCCAAACAGCAACACAAAAGGAAGAGUUGCCAGGAUCAUCCUCCACUACUCAAACCUCAUCACCAAGAUCUCAUCAUCAACAACAACAACAACAUUCACCAUGCUCAUCCUUGUCGCCUUCAACAGCAUCCUCAUCACCGAGCAAGGUACUUUCACUUCAUCAAAACAAAGUAACAGAGCCACCAAAAGAGUCAUCCCCACAAAAAGCAACAACAUCGACAACCCCUUCAUGGGUUUUAAAUCGGAAAAUUCAUUCUGAGAAUCCAUCAUCAUCUUCCUCCUCUCCUGUAACAUCAUCAAAGCAAUGGCCACCUCAGAAGCAGCAGCAACAACAACAAGAAGCCUCACCGACCACACCCACCUACAACCACCAGUUGCCCUCCUCUCAUGAAUCAUCAUCAUCACUCUCUGUAUCUCCUGCAACGAAUAAGGCUCUCUCGGGCAGCACUAGUAGCACUGUCGGUGGUGCAAGUCCUACGAUUAAUCGUUUCUUGUGGAACACGAAAAAGCAACAAUUUGAUCAGCAACAACAACAACAACCGAAAAAUGAUGAAGCCUCUUCUUCUUCUUCCUCGCCAUCAACACCCCCACCAUUGCCUUCUUUGCUCCGAAAGCCUACUUUGAAGAUUGGAAGUGUUAGUCCUGGUAGCAAUCACAACAAUGAAGGUAGUAGUAGCAACAGUGGAGGAAAUUUUGAGAAUCAUCAAUCUUCUUCUCCGACUGUAACAAAUUUGUCGAAUUCUUCGACAUCAUCAACUUUGUCGAGGUUCAAAGAAAGACCUCCUCCAUCGGUUCCUUCUGUGUCUUUAACGAAUGAAAGAGAACAAGGCGUUGGUUUGCUAUGUAAAUCAGACACGACAAUAUCUAAAAACAGUCUGGUGUCACCCAGAUCAAACUCAUUGCUGAAUAAGGACUGUCUUGUCGAAAGCAACGGCUCUGAUUCUCUUCAUUCAGAACCCAACACAACCAAUUCCAACAUCAAAACUUCGUCACAGGCAAUUCCAUUUAAAAAACAACCUCCUCCAUUGCCACCGUCUAAAACUACUAGCUCUCUUUCAAGUAGCAUCAGCAACAGCCCAGUUCCGCCAAUAACUGAGAGAAAGACAUCACCAUUCUCAAUUAAUUCAACAACAACAUAUUCUUUAGAAGAAUAUUCUUCAAGUUCAAGCACUUCUCAAAAAAAGAAGUGUCUAGAUCAAGAUUCUUCCUCAACAAGCACACCAUCAACAAGUCCAAUUUCUUGUGACUCCUCUAAUACUUUGUAUUCAAUGCAAAAAAUCUAUAGUGCUCACGAACCUGAGGACACAUCAUCGUUUCAUGACUUAGAAUCAGACGGUGAGGUCGACAACGAUUUUGCAGAAGAUCAGGAGUCUUUCGGAAGUUCAAGGAAUUUCUUUGAUAUGGACUCUUUUACCGUUGCCGGCUUGGGUAAAUUGAAGUCGAUGAACAUGUCGAGCAAUCAGCGAUCCAAAAAACCUCAACGAUCUAGAAGCAACGAUUAUGUGCAACCGACUGCAGUGCAAAAAGAAUGUGACACAUCCAACUUUGAAACCAUUCUACCUAGCUUUUUAAUAGAAACUAAAAUCAAACCGUGGUCACAAACCGAUAGUACAAUCUCACCCGAGGAAGAAGCAGCUCUCUCUCAACGCAAGUAUGCUCAUCCAAAUUUGAGAAAUGCUUUCAAAGCCUUUAAUGAGCCUUUCCGCAUUAUGAAAUGCAUAGAACCUCCAUAUUGCAGUGUUCCUUUCAGACCUACGUUUGAUGAUACUUACGACACUGCCACAACUACAUCAUCACAUGUGUCAUUAUCAACUGAUUCACGCUCUCGAUCUAACUCUAAUUCAUAUUUCCGACCUUCCACUGAAACACUGGAGGAAGAGGAAGCUGAGGAGGAGCAGAGUGGAGCUCAAUCCUUUGGAGCAUUUUUGGCAAAGCUCAAAGAAGCGAAUUCAAACGAGGAUUAUGCUGGUAGUUCCUCUCCAAGAACUGUAUUUUUGAGACAAUCCAACAAAUAUAGUUCUGUGGGAAGAUCUCAUAAAUCGAACGAAGGAUUUGAUGAGAUGGUACUCUCUGACAAGAAAAAGAGUCUUUUUGAAUUUGCAAAGGCCACCAUCGCAAAAAAGACAACCGAUAUCAUUGAAAACAUUGAACCAAAGAAUGGAACAGUGAUGACAUUUAAAGAGGUCGGUCUUGACCAAAUCACGGAAAAUAUUACUUCAAAAACUCGUUUAGUGAGUUGUCUAAAGCCAGAUUACAAAUUUAAACCUCUAGAUGCAUCUCUUUGUCAGCGAUCGAACGACAUUCCGUACCCAGUUAAGAGAAAGACAAAAUUCUUCUUGCAAUGUUCGAACUUACGAUUUUUGGACAGUACACAAAUGAAAGAUCGUGAGCUUCUCUUCAUGACCAUAGCUCUCUAUGACACACUUGCUGGAAGAAAAAUUUCGGAAGACUAUCACUUCCACUUAAUGCCUAGUUGUCAAUUUAACAGAGUUUCGGAAACGAUUAAGCGUGAUCUUUCACUGUAUGAUGCAUCGCUAAACAAUUCCAUGUUUGCUUCCAAAAAACUUUUCUCAGUGAGCUAUCCAAAUGAUCAGAUUUAUGUAGUGGCAUUUGUAUAUCGAAUGCCAACAUCUACUAUCAAAGAUGCUAUCAAAAUGUACUCUAAAGAGGCAAAGAAUGUUGAAAAGUGGUUCGAGAAAUACGAAGAGUACAAGCCAAAACUUUGUAGACAUAGACAACCAUUCUUAUUCAGCUUUGCUCCCUUAUUUGAGAAAGAAUUAAUGGAAAUCAAAGGAAAGCAGGUGGAAACAUUUAAGCUUAGUAGCUCUAAAAUAGAUUUGAAACCACUUUAUGAGAUUGAGGGAGAUUGGAAAAAUCCUAUGGAUGUCAUAACGACGAUACGCAACUCUCUGAAAGAAAAGAAGACAAAGAGUAACCAAGUGUCAGGAGUUAUGUCACUAAAUGUUGAGCUCUACUCCAAUGCUAGUGCCCAAAGUAAUUAUGAAAUUCAGCAACGAGUGACUCAACAACAUCACAAAUCCAGUAGCAUUCAUUCUAGAAACAAUUCAGAUAGCUCUCUUGGUUCAUGCACUCCCCUGACUGUCCAGGUUUCUCCAAGAUCUGAUUCAAUGUUUGAUCGUCACGAUGUGGAGCAAAUACCGCGUGAUGUUAUUCAAGAGUUUCCAUUACUUUCCUCUAACUAUCCAAAUCUCGCGAUUCAAAACACUUUAUUUAUUUAUCCAAUUGCAUUUUCCAUCGAAGGAUCAAAAUCUGCCAAGAAUGUUUUCAUUGAAGUGUAUUUCAGAAAUAACGAUGUGAUUCCACCAGUCAUUAAUGACAUCAACGAUCCCUACUCUGAAAAACGAUUUAUCACAUGGCUCAAGAGAGAAAAAACACACACUCUUUUGACAUCACUUUCCUACGAUGAAAAGCAACAACAGUUGUUUGAUGAAUUUAGAUUGGAGCUUCCACUAAUACCAAACUACAAACAUCAUUUGUUGUUUGUUUUCUAUCACAUUGAUAUCGACAACAAACGAUCUAAAAAACUUGAAUAUGCUAAUCCAGCGAUUGAUGCACGCCAGGACUUUUUCGGGACCUCGGACAGAGCUGUAAUAGGAUAUUCGUUCUUGCCUCUUACCAGACGCGUCCAAAAUGAUAAUUCAAACUACAAGAUAGGAGAAAAUAUUGCAUUUUGUCACGAAAUAUCAAAAGAGUUAAACAUUUACAAGAAAGAUACAUUCUUGAGCAAUUAUCUGUCUUUGGAGGGCUUACGAGCGAUCAAAAAUGCAAAACUUGUUGUGAAAACCAAGUUGGUAUCAACGCUGUAUCCAAGAGAUCGCUUUUUAUCUCUUUUCUAUUGUGUCAUGACAGAUUUGUAUACAUUCCCUCUCUUCAAGUCCAACGAAGUUUUAGAAUAUCUUUCAAACGACCUUUUACUGAGAUUUAAUGAAAUUGACUUCUCAGAAUUCAUGCCUCAUUUUCCAGUGGUCAUGAAUAUGCUCUUUGAACUAAUGACAAGAAUAAGAGAUUUCUCAACAAACAUCAAACUUGUGGAACGUGUCGAACAACAGGCUCUUGAUGCAGUAAUUGUGUGCUUGAAAGGCGCCUAUCACUACACCAAACUCCACUCACGAGGUAACAAAUUCUUCUCGAGCUAUAUCAAGUACAUUUUCGCUCCAGAUCAAAGUCUUACCUUGAAACUGCCAUACAUUUUUAUUAAAUUGUUGCAAGCUACCUCCAGAGAAGUAGACGCAAGUCAAGAUACCAGAUACAUUGACGAGAAAUUUGGAAAAAAGAGGUUGUCUAAUACCAAGAAGUCUGCACCUGUCUUAGAAAAGAAAGAGGAUGAUCAACACUAUGAUGUCAUCAAGUUUUCUUGGUUUAUAUUUGAUGCUAUUGUAAAAAGUGUUGCACUAGAUUGUGCCAAUAAUCGUGAAACCAUGGGUUAUCAAAGCAACACUAUGACUUACUUCAAUUCAGAGCAAGAUGAACUAGCAUUUAUUGAUCUCGUUGAAUCUGUCAUGGUUAACUUUAAUAAUUGUGUCAAUAAGCUAAUGCUAACAGAAGUAGCCAAUAGGAACAAUAUUGGUUUGAAUGGCAACAGAAAUUUGGCAUUAUUUAUUCGAGAUUUAAUACCCAUGUUACAUAGAAGAAAUAUUGUUAAAUUGUUGAACAAUUACUUUUCUUUUUUCAGCGGCUCUGAUGAAAAACAAUUGAAUUUGAAGAUUGAGUUUAUUGCUAUUGUGAGUGAUUAUGAAUAUUGGAUUCCUCUGAACAAUCUCAGCUUGGAAGAGGGUAACUUUGGUAUUAGCCAUUUUUCGAACUUGUUUUAUCAAAUUGUCGACACCAAUAAGGACAAGCUCGUGAAGAAAAUUUCCAAGGCCCUACUCAAUCAUUUGUGCAAGCUCGAUUACGAUUCUCGAUACAACGAAGAUUCUGAGAAAGCACUUGUGUGCGAAUUAUAUCUAGGAUUUGUGGAUGCCUUCUUUGAAAGAGACGGUAGCCUUCCAUAUCUUCAAAAUGAUGACCUCUAUGUUGUUACCUCUUGCAUGAUUUUGUGGAUCAUGAGAGGUCUUUCACAGAGACGUCUUGUUGAGUGGUUUAAAUCACAACCCUAUUACAGGACUUCAAAUAUUCUCACCUUUUUAGAUUCCUUCACUAUUGCUAUUAACAAUCUUGACUAUAAUGCUAAAACAUCCAAAGAAAGAGAGCUCAAAGAUGACAGGACUCUACGAACAGAAGUGAUUCUUAUAAUUAACUACCUCAUUUCUGUCAUUACCUCAGUUCAUAUUCCGGAUUAUGAUCUUAUCAAGGAAUUGGAAAUGCAAAGUGACAAUAUUGAACUGCUCGCAAACAUUCCACUCAACGAUCCAAGCCUGUUGAAACAAAGACAGUUGGUGUCUGAUUAUGAAUCUCUUAAAGUAACUUCGCAACGACCAAUUGUUAGUUUAUUCUUCCGCCAAAUAUGCAGACUACUCAUGAAUGCUGUACUUCAACUUACGCUUCGAAAAGAGCUUGACCUGUGCUAUAUUGUUUUCAGAGAAUCCAUUUUCCCACUCAUUUGCAAUUGUACCAGUCAUUUGGUUCUCACUGAACUCUAUGACACGUCGAUUCCAAAGAAAGAACGAGCUCCAAUCGCUGAAAAACGACGUCUCGAGCAAAAAUGGAGAUGGUUACUUGGUGCCGUAAUGUUGCAUGCUGGUUUUACUUCAGAGGAAGAAGAAAAUGCAUACCCCAUUGUGAGAAAAUGUUACGAACUUUUAUUAGCACCAUUCAAAAACAAGAAGUUUGAUGCCAUUCUCGAAGAUAGUACUUCUGAAGAGGGUGAUCUAAUGUUCAACACAGAUGACAAUAAUAUUAAGGCUGGUACUUUCAAAAAACUUGUCGAAAGACUUUUGGACGUGAAUACUAAUAGCGUAGAUAAGGAAGGUAAUAGAUUUGCCGAUAUUUUCCUUCUCACAUGCACCUCAUUUGCAUCUCCAAUGCUUCUCCUUCAACAAAUUAUUGAUAUUUUCAAGAAUACAGACGAUGCUGUGAUAAAGUUGCGUGUGGAACAAUUUAUUAGCAAAUGGGUGAGAUUUGGUUUUCAUGAUUUUGACAAUUUGCUCAUUGCUCGGUUGGUAUCAUUCCUUUCAAACAUUUCAGCUGUCACACAAAAGAAGAUCAAAAAGUACAUUAUCAAGCACUUCCUACACGUGAAAAUGGAGAAUUACGGCGAUCUUAAUAACAUCUUUCCAAAUCCUCAAAUACCAAAGAACAUUCCAAAAGAAAAAUUGGAAGAACCUGAAAUGGAUAUCAAGAAGUGGAAGGAAGCCAAGAAAUUCGCAAAACAUCUCGAAAAUCCAUUCAACUUGAAAUUUGAGUUAUUGGAAUGGCCAAGCUUGGAAAUUGCUCGACAACUCACUCUCAUUGAAUCCAAACUCUUUAGAAAAAUUGAGGCCAAAGAAUUUUUUGGUAGUGCUUGGACCGAUAAGGGAUACAAGCAAGAACUCGCUCCCACACUUUGUGCCAUCACUGAAAGAACAAACAACAUUAGUUUCUGGGUCAGAAAUAAGAUUUUAAUGGAAUCCAACUUGGAACUUCGAAAGAAGAUAAUGAAGAAGUUUGUCGAUAUUUUACGAGAGUUGAAAGAGCUUCGAAAUUACACCUCCAUGAUUCAAAUUACUUCUGCUUUCAAUUCUGCUGAAAUUCAUAGACUGAAGAAAACAAAAGAAGGUCUCAGUAAGCAAGAUUUGGAACUCAUUGAAGAGUGUUCCAAUUUGGUGAGCAACAAUUCCAAAUCAUUGAGAGAACAAUUAGAACGAGAGGUCAUUAUUAACGGAGCACCUGCAGUUCCUGUGGUUGCCAUUUACUUUACCGAUUUGGUCUUUAUUGAGGAUGGUAAUCCUGAUACAUUCGAGCACAAGACCAAUCGAAACAAAAAACUCAUCAACUUCCAAAAGAGAAGACUCUACUACAAUGCUGUGAAUACUAUCAAGACAUUGCAAACCAAAUCUAAAUAUUCACUUCAACCAUUGCCAUAUCUUCAAUACAUUUUGAAGGAAGAAAUUUUACAAAAUCUCAAAACCGACGAAAAGAUGUUGUUCGAUCUGUCACUCAAAAUUGAACCAAGAACAAACAAAUAA